CGCUUGGCGACUCGUGGCGGCUAAUAUAAGGGUACGUCCUGUCCAUUUACCUCCGCAUCUCAAAUCUCACAUCCGCAUUUGACGGCCCUUCGGCAUGGACGUCCUGACCUCAUCAGGGUUCGCACAUACCCUGCAGACGGUGGCUUUUGCUACCAUCAUCUUCGCGGCAUGUGUGCUCCUCCCGAAGAUCAACUACCGCACUCAGCUCGCCAAACUGCCUGCCUAUGGGAGUCCCGCAAGCGAGAAGCAGCGGCAAGCGUACCUGAAGUCAGCAGCAAAGAUGUACAGGGAGGGGUAUGAGAAGUUCAAAGACACAGUGUACCGCAUGGCAUCAGUUGACGGCGAGGACAACAUUGUCAUCCCGCCCCGAUUUCUGCCGGAAGUGAGGAGGUUGCCUGACUCGGUUCUCAGCUUCCCGAAAGCUAUCGAGAAAACCAUGGAAGUCAAGUACACCAACAUUCUGACGGACGAGCCUAUAGUAGCUCACUCCAUCAAAGCAGAUCUCACGCCGGCCCUUGCACGCCUGAAUUCGGUUGUCUACACAGAGGUUGAACAAGCUCUCAAGGAAGAAAUCCCUGAAUGCAAAGACUGGACGCCCGUGCCCAUCUAUUCCAGGCUGGUCAACAUGGUGGCUAAAAUCUCCGGUCGAGUGUUUGUUGGACCAGAAUUAUGCCGCGAUGAUGGCUAUCUUGAUGCGGCCGUUAAUUACACCAUGGACUUGAUCAAUGCGCAGCGGGCGAUCAAGAAGAUUCGUCCCUUGUACCGUCCGUAUCUAGCUCCUAGGCUUCCUGAGAUCAAGCGGCUACUCCAGAGGCAGAAAUCAGCGGAAGCGUUCUUGCGGCCCGUUGUCCAGGCUAGGCGGGACGCCGAAAAGAACGAUCCGAGCUACCAGAAGCCCGAUGACCUGCUUUCAUGGUUCAUGAACAGAAGUGAGGAUUUCGGUGUCGAGUCUACCGAGAAAUUGGCGAAGCUACAGCUGGGCAUUAUUUUCGCCGCUAUUCAUACCACGACUCUGACAGCCACCAACAUCCUUUACACCAUGGCCGUAGACCCUGAAGCCAUCGAACCGCUCCGGGAAGAAAUCCGGACCGUAAUGGCCGAAAACGGCGGCACUAUCACAACCCGCGCGCUCCAAUACAUGGUCAAGCUCGACAGCUAUAUGAAGGAAUGCGUUCGCUUCUACCCAGCAGGCUUAACCUCGUUCACACGCAAAGUUCUAAAAGGCUUCACCCUCUCAAACGGCCAAUACAUCCCUAAGGGCGUCGUAAUCGAGGUUCCCUCGCACGCCAUUUACCAGGAUGACAUGAAUUACCCCAACGGUGACACCUUUGACGGCUUCCGCCACUACAAACUCCGGCAAGGCGGUACGGCAACCGAUCAUGCGCGCAACCAGUUCGUUACCACCAACGAACAGAAUCUGAUGUUUGGCUAUGGACGACAUGCUUGUCCUGGACGAUUCUUUGCCGCGAAUGAGAUCAAGAUGCUGCUGGCGAGGAUACUGCUUGAUUACGAUGUCAAGAAUGAGGAUGGGAGCAUGGAGAGGUAUCCGAAUAUAUUGAUGGGAAGGUCGACGUCGCCGGACCCGAGGAAGAAGCUGCUGUUUAAGAGGGUGGAAGUUUGAGGAUGCGAACGAAAGGAACUAGAUCGUGGGUGAACGCAGUGAAAUUCCGCAUAGUUUUCAGUUGCAGCUCGAGGGUAGGAAGAACAGGAUGGGCGUUAUACGAUCUUAGGAGUAAUGCACGAUACGAACGCGAUUCAGCUAGAACGUCGAAGCUAGCGAUCUAGAAUGAUACGGCUUCCUGCGUUCC